ACUGAAGACUCUGCGCGACUGAUGUCGUCAUCGAUGACUCAUUUGGUGACUCAUUGGCUGAAAAAAACAGAGAUUGACGUCUGUCUGGGUUUGAGAUCAUUGAUUGUGUGUUAAAAAAGACAACAAAUAAUAAGACAACUGUUUUUUAGUUAAGAUUAAUGCGUUCUUGUGUUUUGUGAAGACAACAACACAACCAUUGAAAACGUAGUGAAGAGUUCACUGAAGACAACAACAAAAAUCACUUUACCAACUGAUCCCAAGUGGUUUGCCAGCAGUAAGUGAAUGGCAAUGCCGUCACCGUUGAACACACCAACAAAUGAAAGACUUCCCAAUCAGUUAUGGAAUCUGAAGACAAAUGCCGAUAAAGAGAUGAGUGAACUAAAACUGAGCGCACAGUCAAUGGAUGGAACCGAUGGAAGCCAUCAUCUGAAUCACAAUAAUAAGAGCACAACGAUAAUAACGACGACGUCUUCGCCGACUUCACACAACAACACCAAUACACGCCUUCUUCUAAGUCAUCACUUAUCGAAAAAUGACAUAUCACCGACAGAGAGAAGCCAUACGAAUAUCCCAUCGCGAUUGGGUCUCAAUCUGAAUCUUGGUGGUGGUGGUGGUGGUGACACAGCCUGUCAUCUGCAGAGCCGCAAAAAGAUUACCAUAGAUUUUGGAUCCAAUGCUUUGCCAAUAUCAGAAUGCGAAGAGAUUGACGAAACGGUUCCGCUGGAAAAACAAGGUUGGUUUCACGGCUACAUCAGCCGAACCGAUGCGGAAAAUGUGUUGCGCGCCACCCGACCGGGCAGUUAUCUGGUCCGCCGGUGUCUGAGCUCUAAACAACACUAUCUACUGUCGCUUAAGUGUGUCAGAGGUUUUAUGCACAUCAAGAUUGUCGAACAGAGCGACGGCACCCAUACAUUGGGCGCCAAUCAUACCAUGUCUUUCACAAGUAUACCCUAUCUUAUCAAUCAUUAUAGCCGUAAUCGGCUGCCAAUCCGUGGCGCCGAACAUAUGGCUCUAUUAUAUCCAGUUAUCGAUCAAUUGCUCUAAAAAAAUAAUAAUAUUUAACGACAAUAUAUUAAUGAUAUUUAAAGACGUCAGACAAACAAAAAUGAUAUAUUUUUUUUCUCUUUGAAAAUACAAUUACAAUUGUAUACACAAAAAAGUCAUUCAUUUAAUCGACAAUUUAAUUGAGAGUUUAAUAAUUUAUUUUUUUCAAUCAUUAUU